AUGUCUCGAGUCGGAGUUCUCGGUCAGAUGUCAGAAAUCAACGAUCAUUUGUAUUUGUCCGGAGCUGGGGUGUUGAAACCCGACAAAAUCAAACAACGCAAAAUUAACAUGAUUGUUAAUGCGACAACUGAGGAGCCAUCAACUUAUAUGCAAGGUAAAAUUAGCGGAAUUUGGAGGGAGAGGAAAGAAUCUAAAUUUUUUGGGGUUAGAUUUGGUUCAGGAUAGAGUUUUUGACGAAAAAUGAAAUUUUCAAAAAAUUUUUGAUUUUCAGGCGUCGACACGUUGAAAAUUCGCAUCGAUGAUCAUCCAUACGCGCGUCUUUCCGAACAUUUCGACACAGUCGCCGAUAAAAUUCGAUCUGUCAAGGUAAGAACUUUGAUCUUCUUUUGCAGAAUGAUAUCAUGAGAUCUAAAGUUGAAUUAUUAAUGUCAGAGAUCGUUGAAUCUUGUGAGUACGUUGGCCAAAAAAUAAUGCAAAUAAUUGCACAUUUCCUGGAAAUCUUUCUCUCUCGAGAGAAAAAAAACGAUAUGUGAAUAUUCAUGAGUUAGCAAAAAAAUGAAGUUCAGAGAGAUAAAUGUCUGAAAUAAAAAACAUGCUUUAAUUCUCAGGAACGUGGAGGUCGAACAUUGGUUCAUUGCAUGGCUGGUGUUUCACGUUCAGCAUCUCUCGUAAUGAUUUACUUGGUAAAAUAUGAACAUAUGACUUUGCGACAAGCAUAUCAUUAUGUAAAAGCAGCCCGACCAAUUAUUCGACCAAAUAUUGGAUUUUGGAAACAAAUGGUUGAUUAUGAGAAACGAUUAAGAGGAAUCACUUCUGUUAAAAUGGUUCAAACUCCAGAAAUCGAUUUGCCAAUUCCAGAUGUUUAUGCAGAGGAUUUGAGAAGAUUGGCACAACAGAGAGAAUUGAGACAUGUUCCAACUAGUAUUUCGAGUUCGAGCACUUCAGCGAGUACUUCGAUUAAGCCAAGAGCUUAUAGUGCAAGGUUAGAUAAUUUAGGUUUUCGAAAAAUUUCAUCAAAUAAUAUCAAUCAGUAUUUCUUAAUAGUCACGUCAUAAAUAAAAAAAUAUUUCAAAAUCAGAAAAAAUAAGUUAGAUUUUUUCUGAAAAUUUCAAAAGACUACAAACUUCACAAAAAUCAGCAGUCCUUCUCAGAAACCAAAAAAACCCUCCAAAUUUUCAGCACUUAUCGUUCAUCAACCUCAUCAGCUUCAUCUCUUCCAACUUCUUCUCUUCGUCGAGCCUACAGUCCACAAACCUCUUCAUCUUCUUCAGCUCUUCCAUCAUCACUUGCUCUAACUUCCUCAUAUCGUCUUUUUUCACCAGCUCCCACUCCACGUAAACCACGUCAAAGUCUUUUUUCGAUGUAUUCUACUGCGCCACGUCACACGUUUUUUAGCGCUUUCUGA